UCGCGCGCCUUCAAAAUCAUAACAAACUUCGCCGGUUUAAAUGGUUUAAAUUUAUCCGAUAAUUUUUCCAGUUAUCGUAGCCUUUUCGUAUUUGUUUGUCCUCGCGAUGAUUCAAACUGAAACCAAUCGUGCUACAACUGUAAAAAAUCGUUUUCUGCGAGAGUAUAACAUAAAAGUAGUGGACGAAUGGAUUAGCGGUUGUGUUUCGUUUGGUUUGCAAGAAAAUCCCAAAACAUCCGAUGAAGCCCUCUUCAAGUUCGCUUUCGACCAGUGGAUCCUGGCGGAUUUGAAAGAAGUAGGAGUGUCAUCACUGCCUGCUAACGUCGAAACCGAAACAAAAUGUUUCACGCUGACCGGAAAGUUUCCCCUGCAACUGAACUAUCUGAUGGAUAUCUCCGAGCCGUGCUACGAUCAGCUACAAAAUCUAUAUAACAAGAGGUUAGACGAAGCGGAAGAUGAAAUUCAAAUGCGAAGGAAUCAAAACCAACACAUCAAAAAGAAACGCAUGCUGAAGCUGGAGCUGACCGAUGGACAGCGAACGGUUAUCGGGAUGGAACAUUAUCCGAUAGCGGCUUUAAACACGAAGCUUCCUCCGGGAGUAAAAAUUUUAUUAGCUGGACCGAUUCGAUGCAUCAAUAAGGUGCUUUUCCUUGAACCAAGGAAUGUCAGAAUUCUUGGUGGCGAAGUUGAUACGUUACUAAUCUCGCAUGCGUUCGAGAAUAUUUUGCUGCGUGCUUUGGGGCAGCCUUUGAAUCCCAAUCCUAAAACAGAAUACGAGGAAGCAACGGUUGUAGAAAAAAAUCGAAAGGCGACUCAUAACAAUAUUCCAUCGAUUCCAAUGGUGUUUCCAUCUCCUUCGAAACCACUUGGAACCAGACAUAUUGAUGAUUGGGAGGAUGACAUGUUUUUGGAGAUUGAUUUGGAUGGAAUUGACGGGAAGAAAGCGCAAGCUCCGGAGCAAGUUCCAACGAUAAGCACUUUGAUGGACGACGAUGAUGAUUUGGAAAUAAUAGAUUUACAAGAGAGAGAAAUCAUGGAUCAGCAAGUAUCUUCCACAAAAACCUCGCAACCAUCACCGAAGCUAUCCCAUCCGAAGAACCAAGUUAUUAGGCAGCCUGAUUUUGACUAUCCUUAUGAUGAGAUAGACGCUAUGAAUUCUUUGGAGGAUGAAAUCCGCGAGGAACAACGCCAAAUGCUUGCUUCGAACGAUGAGGAGCCUUUCACAGUGGACGAAAAGGCCCAGUCACCAAUCCAACCAACAAAGCGCAUAAGGCUCUCAUCAUCUGUGGAACGGUCACCAGUCAGUACAGUGCAUCAGCCACAAACGUCCGUGUUUGUCGAUGACGGUCAGCAACCGUCCACUAGCAAAAAUUUCGACAAAUGUUCCGUUUUGGCCUUGUUCGAAGAUAGCCUCGAUGAUGAUGACUUUCAACUGGAAGAAUCUCAGUCUGGCGCCGAUGACAUCCUUUCGCCCCGCUAUCGGUAUCAGCUGGAAGGUCACAGUCUGGCAACGGUGACGCAAAUCAACCAGUUGAGCGACACCGAUAAAGAGGAACGCACCUUUGUUGUGUUUGGUGAAGUGGAAGAAGUAUUCGAACGCAUUCGAGUUACGGACGAUGGUUGGAAGCUUGGCGUUAUGGUAACGGAUCGUUCAGAAAGGCUUUUGCCGGUUCGCUUUCAUACUACAGUCAUUAGUAAAAUGGUGGGUUACGAUGCAAGCUCGAUACAACAGAUGAAACGGGCUAGAAAUCCUCAAGUGAUGAAGCUCCUCGAAGAGAUUCUAAUCAAGUUUAAAAACCAGCUUCAAGAGCUUCGUACGUUCAUGCGAGUUCGUUACCACCAAGGCAACGAAUUUCCUUUUGUAAUGGAAAUUUACGACUGUACCAAUUCUCGGUUAGCAGUGCUGACCGAUAAAGCUAACAAAGAAGUUCAAGCAAAACAUCUGCUGCCAAUUAUUCCUCCAAACUGUGAUACUGGUCAGUAAGUACAGCAUUAUGUUGUUUAUGUUUUGUAUUUGUUUGUAAAAAUAUAUGCAUAUCUAAAAUUUUA